AAGUUUGCAAAAAAAAAUCAUCUUUGGGAAACCAAACAAAAAGGUGCGAUUUUGAUCGCAGACAUGGAGGUUAUGGACAAAUGGGUCGCCGAAUUUUUCAUCCGCCGUCAAAAGAACCCUAGGGUUUCUCCCACCAACCUGCUCUCGGCGCUGAAAUUCUCCGAGUCCGCCGGCGACUGCUCAAACAACCUCAAGAAAGCGUCUGUUUUGCGGGACAUCUCCGAUUCGUUGAUCCGCGGUAACGUCUCCGAGGGAAUGCUCGACCUACUCGAGACUCUCGAGAAGCUUCAUCAAGGUUCUUCGGUGCUCACGGAGUCUCACAGGUCUGCUUAUUGCUGGACGGCUGCUGAGUGCACGGUUAGGUUGAUGUGGCCGUCGUCUGCUUCGGAGGGUCUAUACGGGGACGCCGUCGAGAGGAUAUGGACGAAGAGGAUUGGUGUUUUGAAGGAGAGAGGGAGCGGUUUGGUGAGCGAGGAGUUGUUGAAAUGGGAGGCUGAUCUGAGGAAGGCUGUUGAGGACGAUGAGGUGUAUAAGCGGAUUCGAGAGAGUAACGUUAGGUACAGUGCCGUGUGUUUUUUGAAUCAGCUUCUCAAGGAGCAGUGGGCAGUGCUUGGGAGCUGCUCUCUUGAAUCAGUUGCUCAGAGGAUGCUUCUUAAGCGCCGCAAGGCUGAUAAGGGCAGCAGAGAGGGUCCAAAUGGUGUUGGUGAAAGCACUAGGCGUUUGGAUGAAGGAGAGAAGGAGAAUGAUGCAGCAGAGCAGGAGGAGGAGGAGGAGAGGACAAUGGGUAGUGCACAAGAACAAGGUCUUGUUGAUGAAGGGGACGAAAUGGCUGCUAGAGAGCUGAAGGAUUAUUUGUUAGAGAUUCAACGACAAAUCGAUUCUUCCUUCACUAGGCAAUUGCAAGAGCCUAACAAUGCAAAUAUCACUCCUCAGCCUUCAAGGGUUAAUAGUACUAGAACAAGCGGUCAACAACAGGAUAGUGCAAGUGAGAGUAGAGUUAGACCUCAUCUACCUACCCCGGAGCCUCUGAAUGUAUCUCCGUUGAAGAAGAAGAGGGCAAAUCCUGCAGCCAGAAGGAUAAAGAAAUUUUGGACGCCUGAAGAAGAGGCAGUUCUGAGGGAAGGAGUAAAAGAGUAUGGUAAAUCAUGGAAAGAGAUAAAGAAUGCAAACCCUGAAGUAUUCGCAGAGAGGACUGAGGUUGAUUUGAAGGAUAAAUGGAGGAACUUGGUUCGGUAGCCGUAACAAGUUUUUGGGAAUCUCUUGGGUUUUAAAUUGCUAUGGAGUUUUUUUUUGCCUGCGUGACAACAUAUCAUCAGCUGUUGAGAAGGAAGAUGGUAUUAGAAAGGGUCUUUCUUUCACAUUUUGUGUUGUGACAAAUAUUAAAGUCAAAUGUGGCUCAUGGAUUUUAAUUCGGCCGGUAUGGUUUGGUUAAGACUGGUUUAACAUGUAUAAUUAGUCUUUGUUUUAUUUGGCUCAGCGGUUUGUUGGUGUUGGUUAGGAACUUAGGCUUGUCUCUUUCUGAUAAGAUCUGAUUGGUAAGAUAUGGGUACUGUUUGGUUUAUAUGUUUUGACUAUU